AUGGCUUCUCGAGAAGAACGCAUGCAACAGCGCCUUCGCGGCUCCCAGAGGCGUCAAGUCAAGGACGUUGACUUUGGGCUCACAAUUCCCGCUGCUCCGAUCUCUGUAGUGCCAGCCGUAUCACCUCCACAACUCGAAUUGCCUUCUGUGCCUUCCACUCGAAGUACGCCUACAACAAGAAGCCGCGCGCAGCAAACACCUUCUAAUCGGCUAGCUACUCAAGAUGGCAGCCAGCCGGGGACGCGGAGUGGUAAUGUCGAUGCCAACAUCUCCGCGAAGAGAAGGAAACUUGAUACAGAUGUAGAGCCAGCCUCUUCGCAUAGUACAGGAUCAGCCAGGACAGCGCCACGACCUGAUAUCUAUGCUCUUCCAGGUGAUGAUGUGCAAGAUCCGUCGCUUCUUGAUGUGUCGAAUGCCUCUGAUGAUCGCGAGAUUGUCGCCCCUGCACUCGAACCAGAAUCGGAUCCACCAGUCUCGCAGCGUCGUCUGCGAACUUCCAGGACACCUUCACUGGCCCCUCCAUUAGCUGAGGAGAUUACCGAGAGCCCGGCGGACGCUCCUGGGAGCGGUCACAGAUCUCGUAUUGAUAUAACGAAAGCAGUAUCGACGAGUUCACAAUUGCACAUAUUGCAGGAAAGCAGCAUUGUAGAAUCAGAGUUGGAGACACCUGUACAAAGGAAACGCAAGAGAGGCGAUGCUGCCCCUACGCCAAUUGAGUCGGUGGUGCCCAAAAAUCGAGGCGUUUCCGCGCAACAGCCAAGUCCAGUUGAUGAUGUUGAUGAAUUGUCUCCAGACCAGCCGACAAGGCACAAAAGAAAGCACAAGGCUGUUGUUGAAGAGGAAUAUUCUGAUAAUGAAGAUCCAAGCAGACUUUCGGCGGAGCAGGAAGAAGCUGAGCAGAUUGAUGAUCUCCAAGCGGCUGCUGUUCUGAAGAAAAAUCGUGGUCGAAGAGUAUCCCGUAACUUCCAACCAGAAUCAUCUCCGGAUUUGGAUGACGCGGAAGUUCAGCCGACUGUCAAGACCAAGACCAACAAACGAAAACUACAAAAAGUCUCUAGCCCUGUUGAGCAAUCACACCCAAAGAAGUCAUCGGCAAAAGCCAAGUCGGUAACCAAGAAGGCCAAGCUACGCAGCGGAAGCCCAAUUCCAGUCCCUGUGUACCGAUUGACCAGGCAGCCAAUAUAUGACGAAGAUGAUUCCGACGCCGAGAUAUUGAACUCUAGUAUAUCACACACAAAACGAGGGGGUGUAAAUACAAUCGACGUGCUCAGUGGAAUUUCUCACGAGAUUAUUGGGUCUGGGCUAGAAAUGCUAGAAGAAGGUGGGAAUAAUACUGAAGAGCCUUCAGAAAGGCGAGAGUAUAAGACAAAGUGGCAGGCAUUGAAAUCUUUCGGCGAAGACUUACAAACACGUUUACUCGAUCAUGUGAAGACUAUUAACCUUGACAACGCAUACUCCCUCGAGAAACGUGUUCGCGAGCAACAGAAGGUGAAGCUAGGUCUUCGCGACGAUAUCCUUCGUAUUCGAGCAGAGCGACAGCAGGUAGCUCUGCAGAUGGACGGAAUUCGAAUGAGGCAUGAGAAUGAAGGAAACAAAGCUCAGUCGCGUGACACUGUCAAUGCCUCUGUCUAUGAUAUCGAAAUGGCCGUGGAACGUGGCAGGGCAACUGAACCUAGGACUACUGCCGAUGGGAGUAUUGAGAAAGGUGGACUUGAUAUCUUACUGAAGCGUGUGGCCGGAGAGGUCAGUAACGAAGGGCAUUCUGGGGGAAUAUUGCAACGGAUAAAGAACUUCAAUGCGUUUCUAGAACGCGCCGCGUCUGCUUUGGAGUCGAAAAGGGUCUAA